ACGAGUUUCUCUCCACACUACUCCACUUAUUAGAAGUAACAUUUUGCGGGGAUUUCUAGAAAUUUCGAAAAGCCUAUAGCUUAAAUAGUCCGUUGCUAGAGCGACCAUGGAUAUCUUCCAGAGAAUUAACGUUCUCAGAACCUCCCCAGAACCAAUACCUCCCUCCAUACACCAUUAUGCAGAUUCAAAAAUUGUCGUUUCUUUCCCUUCUUUACGUGCUGUACGCUCGCGGAGCCAUUGCUUUAAAAAAGGAAGAAAUUGAUGUCCCUUCGUUUACGCCCACAGAGAUCAAAGGACCCGUAGUCGAGCAAUUCCUGGGAGACUGGGAGUCUAGAUGGAAGGUUUCUAAUGCCAAGCGUUCUGUUAACGGCGUGGAGGAAAUGUCCUACGUCGGAACUUGGGCCGUAGAGGAAUCCACCGUAUUCAACGGACUUACUGGUGAGCUUGGUCUUGUUAUGAAGGAUGCUGCCGCCCAUCAUGCUAUCUCUUAUGACCUGGAUGAACCUCUCGAAAAGACUGAAGAGCCUCUUGUUCUUCAGUAUGAAGUGAAGCCCCAAGAAGGACUGGAGUGUGGUGGUGCCUACAUUAAGCUUCUCGCGGAACCCGCUAAGGGUGAAAUGUCUAAUGCCGUUCCUUACCGUGUAAUGUUCGGUCCCGACAAGUGUGGUGCCAAUAACAAGGUGCACUUUAUCUUCAACUACAAGAACCCUCUUACCGGCGAGGUUCAAGAAAAGCACCUGAGCUCUCCCCCGCCUUCGAACCUUCGUAAGGGAGCUACCAGCAUUUACACUCUCAUUCUUAACCCCGAUCAAACCUAUCAAAUCCGUGUCAACGGCCAAAUCCUCCGUUCUGGCUCUCUCUUCACCGAUUUUGUUCCUCCCGUUCUUCCUCCUCGUGACAUUCCUGAUCCCGAGGACAAGAAGCCCGAAGACUGGAUUGAUGAGGACGAAAUUCCCGAUCCCGACGCUGUCAAGCCUGAGGAUUGGGACGAGGAUGCCCCUGCUCGUAUUCCCGAUCCUACUGCUGAGAAGCCCGAUGAUUGGUUGGAGGACGAGCCUCUGUUUAUUCUUGACCCUACUGCUGAGAAGCCUGAAGAUUGGGAUGAUGAAGAGGACGGUGACUGGGAGGCACCCUCUGUUCCCAACCCUAUUUGCCAGGAGGUUUCUGGUUGCGGUGAGUGGAGAGCUCCUCUGAUCCGUAACCCUGCCUUCAAGGGCCCUUGGAGCCCUCCAAUGAUUCCCAAUCCCGAAUACAAGGGACCUUGGAUUCCUCGUAGAAUUCCCAACCCUGACUUUUUUGACGAUGAUCACCCCUCUCACUUUGGUCCUGUCUACGGACUUGGUUUCGAGCUUUGGACUAUGCAACCCGAUAUCCGUUUCAGUAACAUCUACCUUGGUCACUCUGUGGAGGACGCCGAAAAGCUCGGAAAUGAGACCUACAUUCCCAAGGCCGACACUGAACAUCUUCUUUCUUCUUCAGAAAAGGACAACCACAUGUCUUUGGAUGAGGACGAGGCCGAAAAGUUGCCUUUCAAGAAUGAUCUCAAGUUCACUGAAAACCCCGUUGAGUUUGUUAAGCAACGCCUUUCUCUCUUCUACAAUGUUGCCAUGUAUGAUUGGAAGUUUGCCUUCAAGACCAUGCCCGAGGUUGGUGGUGCUAUUGUUGCUGGUCUCGUUUCUGCUUUAGCUAUUUUGGUCUCAAUCAUCUCGUUCUUGACUUCGAGCCCAUCCAAGCGCCCCGCUCUGAAUGCCAACGAAAGCAAAACCGAAAAGAAGGCCAACAAAGAUUUCCAAAAGGAAAAGGGCAAGGACGUAGAGGUCUCUUACGCCCCUGAGUCCGAGACCGGCGAUUCCGCCGAAUCCAAGGAAGAGUCCAAGUAGGUGAAACUCUUUGAAUUGUAAUGUGUCAAAUGAAUGUCUAAAUAAUGCUCUGUUUCC